AUGGAAGACACAAACGCUUUUACUACAACAACUACAACCGGCGACGCGGAGAGCAUUCCAUGUUACAUUGAAUCUAUAGAUCCCUCUUCCGAUGCUGUUGAUGAUCCUGUCAACGAAUGGAAGAGACCUGAAAAGAAGAAUCCGAAUACACCUGAAUACGUUUAUUCAGAAGGACAUACUUCACAUUGUACACACGCGAAUAUCGAACUGGGUAUCAAGGAAUUGAUCAAAGACAAAAAGGAUUCUGAUCGUGAGAAGGUUCUUAGUGAUCAGGGAUUGGCAUUAGGGUAUCUCAUUAAAGCAUUUUCGAGUUUGUCAAGGAAUAUCGAAGCUGAUAGUAGAGUAAAAGCUAAGAUUGAAACCGAUAUUGUAGAUGAGUACGAGAAUGAGAAGGAUGACAUAAACGUGAAUGGGAAUAAGAAUGGGUCAAUCAUUUCAGGAGUUUCAAGAGACGUCAAUUCUUUGCAUCAUACGAGAAUCUUGAUCUGGGAUCCAGAGACAAGCGAACGACUUCAUAAGUUUCGUACAUCAAGUGGUACUGUUGACAACAGUGAUAACAACGAUCCCAAUACCAACAACUUCAAGUGCGCAGGGUAUCAUUGUAUGGGAUACGAUCUCAAAUCACAAUACGAUUCCAAUAAAGGUAUUCUCACGGUCUGUGAUGAGUACAUGGAGGAAGGAAGCGAAGAGAAUCUGAUUUGCAAUGAUCACGAUUUAGACGAUUUUCUACUUAUGGAUAAAACUCAAAUCAACGAUUUCAUGACCAAUGAGAGUCAUCUCUUUCCAACAGAUGAACUCACAACUAUAACAGCUGAGAAUUGGGGGUACAAACCCAAGAUGUCUGAGAAUUAUAAAUCUCAAGUUGAAAGUAGCACUGAAUGUAUCACUGAACAUGUGGUAAAAGACAUAAAACGGUCAGACGAUUUUCUUGAUUAUUUGGAGCAACAAAUGGCCGCAUCCAAUUUACGACCAUGGAGUGAAAAGAAAACAACUUCAACUGGUCUUGUAUACGUUACAAGAUUUGCCAGUCUUCGUGAAAAGGAUCAUUGGGAUUUAUUUGAUGGUAUAAAACGAUUGAUCCCUCUUGGAAAGGACAUUGUUGAAAGUCCAACUGAUCACAUUCCAGGAUACAAUUUUCAGUUUUUGGCUGUAAAAGGAAUGACCAUUCAAUCUUCUAAGCCUAAGCCUGAGCCAAAGCCAAAGGGAUCUGAUAUUUUCGAAUUUUUGAAUUUAUCUGAAAGUGAUAAUGACAGUGAACAAGAAGUAGAACAACAAGAAGAGUGCAUUCUGAAAAUUUUGAGUUGGGAUAAAAAGACUGGCUUAACCAAACAUACCACGAAACCGGAUUGUGAACACCUUGAAUGUGUAGGUUGGCAUGAAUUGACUCCAGAGCUUAUUGGAGCAAUUCGUUCAAACAGAGGCAAUAGUUCUGAAACCAAAUACGAUGAAGGUGACGAGUAUCGUUGCGAAAGAAUAACCAAUGCUGCGGAUCUUCAGAUGAGUGCGAAAGAUCUAAGUGAGAUCUUACGAUCAGAAAAUUUAAGUCAUCUCAAGAAAUCGGAUACUGUUAGCUCAGCUGUCGCCUUGUAUCGACAUCAUCCGAAUGAUAAAGAUAGGCUGUGGCUUGACUACAACUUACCGACGGAGAGCCGACCUCCACUCCAGUCUGCAGUUGCUCACAAUACAGAUGUUCUUUGGUCUGAAGUUCCUCAUCACCCGUAUAUUCCCUUGAGAGAUCGGAAGGUGUCUGAUUGGGUAGAAAGAAUCCGAGAAGAGUUUGAGCCUGAAGGUAAAGAACGCUCCUCCCAUCUCCAAGAUAGGGUUAAAUAG